AGCUGAAUGCGGUUCACUAUCAGAUACACCUUCAUUUUCAUCAGCUUCAGCUUGGGUAUGUCAGCGUGAGACUUAUCGAUGUGUCCUAGCCUGCUAGGCUGAAGCUUAAGCGGUUAUGCUAUGGCGUAGAAGCUGGUGUUCACCGCAAGGACUAGCGCGAGACCGUGCAUUCUAAGCUGUCAAACCCUCACACCGCUUUUCAUGAGCGUCACCGCAAACCUUUUUAACCCCAAAUCCCUCUGUCUUUCUUUUCUCUUCAUCGCAUUUCGUCGUCCUUCCCGAAUACAACAUAUCCUGUCUUGCAUUCUCGGCGUUCAAUUGGAAUUUUCAGUAUCAAUGCCUGCUCGUUCCGUUCUUCUUAAUGUUUCAAUUAUUGCAAAGCCGAUUGGAAAGGAGAAUGUAAUUGAAGAAGUCAAGGAAGUCAAGAGCGAGGAAAAUGUGCCGGAGACCACGAACGUUCGUGUUGGAAAUCGUGCCAGAGUCGAUUCCGCCGCCGCCGGCAUGGCUCCAACCAUUUAUACACCGUUUCCCGCCACUACGCCAAAUUCCGUUUCUCCAACAUCCACCAGCAGCCUGACUUCAAUUCCAGAAGUGAGAGCGUGCGGGACUUGUCGGCAGCACACCAAGCCGGAUGGAUCUCGACUGUCCCACUGCAAAGCAUGCGCUUCCGUCUACUAUUGCUCCAAGGACUGCCAGAGGAUCGAUUGGCCAUCACACAAGCGGCAAUGUGUCUAUCGCGGGAACCCGAACCGCGAAUCCAGUGUGCCAUAUUCCGUUCCAGCCUCCCCGACAAGCACUUGAAAGACUUCUUCGCGAAACUGCAUUUAUCGUUCGAGAUAUGCAGACUUUCCCAGUGACGGUUUACU